AUGAUCUUCACGGGAAAACAGCCGGAAGACGAAAACCGGGCCGCAGCAGCGCCCGCCCUGGAGGCCGGCCGAGGCACGCAGCACACCGCGGCCCGAACCGGACCCGUUCCCAACGCCGGCGAGCACCGCGGCAGGGCGGCCACGAAGGAGGCACCGGAGCCUGAGCGCGGAGCGCCCGCGGCCGCAGGCGGCGCAGGGACGCGGCAGAACUUCGCCACAGCUCCGGGAGGGGGCGACUCGCGCUGGGACGAGUCACCGCUGACCUCAGGCCAGUUCAAGGCUCCCGGGCACCGUGAGGCCAAGGGCCCGAGACCAGGCCGGGGGACGGGGCACCAGGACUACGCCGUGAAGUUUGCACAUGUCAUCCUGCACCAGGCGCUGCAGCCUUCCCGGUGCCGCAGGCUCCGCACGCAGUUAGCAGCUUCGUCAGGGCACCGGGAAAGGCAGUAUGCCAGGACGCACGAGGGUUCGCUUCGGAAAGUUGUCCGAGUGCCGAGGAAAACAAUUCACGUUUUCAGCCGAGCAUCACAGCUGCAGCGCCGCUACGGAGCACCCACCACACGGGGGCGCCACCGGCUCUGCACGCUGCGGACUCAGCGACUGGUCCGCAGAAAUAGACCGCCUGCUCCCGAGAUCACGUCCCUCGUCACAGAUUCUGCUCCGGGAGGGGACUUGAAUUCGGAGAGUCGGUGCCAGGAGCGGCCCUGGGAAGGGAACCUCGGGGCUGGCCGUCCAGGGGCCCGGGACAGGGAACCGCGGGGCCGGGGAGGGCAGGGACCGGGGAGGAGCGAGGGGCGGCGCGGCGAACGAGCUGGGAGCGCAGCGCGCAGAUCCCGGCCGUGCGCCCCAAGCGCCUCCGGCGCACCCCCGCCUCCGCGCCAUUCUCUGCUGUUCUCCCGCCGCGCUGUCGCGCCAAGGGCUAGCCGGUGGUGCUGCUCAGCGGGGUUCUCCAGCGGGCGCUUCCCCGAGCAGCGCGAGCCGACGGUGGAGGAGCUCUUCAGCAAGGUGAUCCAGGUGCCCGCGGUGCCCGCGCUGCCGGAGAUCGUGGACACGGUGGGCGCCGCGCACCUGGUCACCCUCAAGGGCCUCUACAUGGAGAACGGCGACGGCUGUGUGGUGCUUGCUGCACGGUGUACGAGCGCCGCCUCGUUUGAGGCGCUGCGGCCGCUGCGGGAGCGCAUGGGCGGCCUGCGCGGGCCCAGGGCCAUGCUGCUCGUGCUCGUGGGCACCAAGGCCGACCUGGACGCGGAGCCUGUACUGACUGCGCGGGGCCGUGCGCUGGCACGCGAGUGGCGCUGCCCGUUCCUGGAGGUGAGGGCCGAGAACAAACUGAUUGUGGACCAGGUGUUCACGCAGGUGGUGCGCGAGCUGGAGGCCUUGGCCCCGCCCCCGCCCGGGGAGGGGGUCCGGGCGGAGCCCACGAAUGCCCAGGAUACUUGGCCGUCGGCGAGAUUCAUAGGCUAAUAGCGACCGUGCCUCUUUAAUGCUCGCCUGUCUUCGUGCCUUCCCAAGCUCCGAAUCCCUGCGCUGCCCCUUUCAGAGAAGCUCGUGCAGCCGUCAGCAGGCGCUCGCGCCCACCUGUCACUCACUCAAACCUGUGCUGCGGCCUCCGCGCGCUUCUGGGUCUUCUGAAAGCUUUGCAAGUCCACCUCCAACCGAGCUUUGGGGAACCAAACAUCUGA